AUGGGUCUCUUCAACCGCAAGAAGGCCGGCGACGAGGGCGAAGCUAAGAAGGAGAAAGGCAGCUGGCGGCGACCGGCCAACACCGCGUUCAAGCAGCAGCGUCUGAAGGCAUGGCAGCCCAUUCUCACCCCUCGCACCGUCCUCCCGACGCUGUUCAUCAUCGGGGUGAUCUUUGCGCCCAUCGGUGCGCUCCUUAUCUGGGGUAGCGGACUGGUCACAGAGAUGGACUUCGACUACACCGACUGCGAGCUCCUCGAUCCGCAGGGUGCGACAGACGACCUCAAUUCGCUCAAAUACACCGAUCUCCCCUCUUCGAAGUACCUCUACAAGCUCAGCGCUGCGGACUCGAAUGCGCCUACGUCGACUCCGCAAUACGCAUUCAUGAACAUCAACACCAAUCCCGUCGGGCAGCAGCAGCAAUGCGUGCUCCGCUUCGACGUACCGGUUGACGUCAAGCCGACAGUGCUCCUUUACUACAAGCUCUCCAAUUUCUACCAGAACCAUCGGCGGUACGUGAAGAGUCUUAACCAGGACCAGCUCCGCGGCAAAUUCGUGAGUGCGAGCACCCUCGGGAGCGGUGACUGCAAGCCGUUGGGGUCUAUCGACGGAAAGGCCAUAUACCCUUGCGGUCUGAUUGCGAACUCGAUGUUCAAUGAUACCUUCUCCAACCUCACGAUGGCCACCGAAAAUUCCACGACCUACCUCUGGUCGGAGAAGAACAUCGCAUGGCCCGGCGAGAGCAAGAAGUACGCGACCAAGCCCGGCUACGACCCCUCCCAGAUCACCCCUCCCCCGAACUGGAUCAAACGCUUCCCGAGCUACAACUCAUCGAAUCUGCCGAAUUUGAAGGAAGAUGAGCACUUCCAGAACUGGAUGCGCACCGCUGGUCUACCUACGUUCACCAAGCUCUGGGGUCGGAACGACGACACCACGCUCCAGAAGGCGCAAUGGCGGAUUGUCAUCAACAUGAACUUCCCCGUCCGACCAUACAAGGGCACCAAGUCCAUUGUGAUUUCGACCGUGUCGUGGAUGGGCGGAAAGAAUCCGUUCCUCGGCUGGGCGUACGUCGCUGCGUCUGGUCUCCUAGUCCUCCUCGGUAUCCUCGGCACGAUCCGUCAUCUCGUCAAGCCCAGGAAACUCGGUGACAUGUCCCUGCUCUCGUUCAACCGGUGA